GGAGCUCCUGCUCGCGCUCAUGGCCUCCGUGCUCUCCUUCGUCGCGCGGUGCUGUGGAUUCGGCGGCGGCGAGUCCGAACACGUCCCGCUCAAAGAAAUGCCCGCCGUUCAGCUUGACACGCAGCACAUGGGUACAGACGUGGUCGUUCUUAAGAGUGGCAUGAGGAUUUGCGGCACCGGAGGCUGUCUGGCCAAUGCGCCUUUGCACCAGAACAAGAGCUACUUUGAGCUGAAGAUCCACUCCGCAGGUGUGUGGGGUGUAGGUGUGGCUACAAAGAAAGCGAACCUGGACCUGAUCCCCAUGGGACGGGACGCCCAAAGUCUUGUGCUGAGGCACGACGGUUCUGUGUACUUCAGUAAUGAGGAAAGGAGUCGGUUGCCAGCCAACAGCUCGCUGCAGGAGGGAGAUGUCGUGGGUGUAACGUAUGACCACGUGGAGCUGAAUAUAUACUUGAAUGGAAAAAACAUGAACUGUCCAGCCUCAGGAAUCCGUGGAACAGUUUUCCCUGUGAUAUAUGUGGAUGACAGCACCAUAUUAGAUUGCCAGUUCAGUGACUUUUACCACACUCCACCACAAGGCUUUGAGAAAAUUCUGUUUGAACAGCAGAUCUUCUGAGCAGCAAUGAAGAAUGGUAUUCUCUUUCCACUCGUCCACGCUGGUCUACAGGCUGGCUUCAGCCUUGAUCUCUCAUGUUCCAAUCCUAAAUAAUUGUAGAUAUCAAUUUUUAUACAUUUUUAUUUCUACAGUUAACCUUAGCAUUAAUAUUUGUUCUUUAAAAAUUAUUUAAAAUGAAGCUGGAUUCAUCUUACUAAAUUAGACCUUUGAGAUGUAUGCUUAAGGAAGGCAGCUGCAUUUUUAGUUUAGCAUUCUGCUCAAAUGUAUGUCAGUAUAUAGGCCACUUUGCAUCUCUCUUGCCAGGCGUAUUCUGAAGAUACAGUCCCAACAUGUAUUCAGCAACCUUCAAACACUCAUGUCUGAGUUCAGAUACUCAAUUACUUUUCAGAAAUAUCCAGUUUGGUGAAUGGUUAUUUUGUGUACAUAGUAAUCCAUUUAAAUGUACAUUUAGCUGACACUUUUCUCCUAAGAGAUUUAGUGUUAUGCUACCUACAAUUAUUUACCCAUUUAUACAGCUAGGUUAUUUUGCUGGAACAAUUUACGGGAGGUACUUUCCUUGAGAGUACUAUGGUUGGAGGUGGGAUUCGAACAUAUGACCCUUGGGUCAAAGGCAGUAGCUGUAACAAAGAUGCUACAAAAAUGUAAACUCUGAGAAUGUAUUUUUCUAAAUUAAAAUAU